UUGGGAAACAUUCUCCUGUCUCCAAUCUAUUUUGUGAUCAGUUUGAUCAAGCGACUUUUCUCGAAAUCUCUGCCUCCGAUCACGUUGGAAAACCCAGAAGUAAAAUAUGCAUUACGGCUGAUCGAUAAAGAGCACGUUAGUCAUGACACCAGAAAGUUUCGUUUCGCCCUGCCGAGCCCAAGACAUGUUUUGGGGCUUCCUGUGGGGCAGCACAUUUACCUCUCGGCCAGGAUCGAUGGGAAUCUGGUGAUCAGACCUUAUACGCCCGUGAGCAGCGAUGAUGACAAAGGAUACGUGGACCUUGUUGUGAAGAUCUAUUUCAAAGGGGUUCACCCCAAAUUUCCUGAAGGAGGGAAAAUGUCUCAGUACCUGGAGAAUCUAAAGAUGGGGGACACCAUUGAUUUUCGGGGACCCAGUGGAUUGCUUGUUUACGAGGGAAAAGGUGUGUUUGCGAUUCGUCCAGACAAGAAAUCCGAACCCGUUCUGAAGCAAGUGAAAUACGUCGGGUUGAUUGCGGGUGGAACAGGAAUUACUCCCAUGUUGCAGCUCAUCCGAGCGAUUGUAAAGGACAAGGAGGAUCCCACAGUUUGCUAUUUGCUCUUUGCUAACCAGACCGAAAGUGAUAUUCUACUGCGCUCGGAACUUGAGGAAGUGCAAGCUCAACACUCAGCCCAGUUUAAGCUGUGGUACACAUUGGACAGAGCUCCUGAAA